AUGUACAUUAGGCCUCCGGAUUCAAAGCAGAAAUUGGCUCAAGUUGGGAUUGCCGAUGAUGACAUCGAGCAUGUGAAAAGUUAACAUAAAGUAGAAUAAAAUUUAACAGUUGAAGAUGCAAUUAACAGAAUAGAUGAGAUUCCUGAUGAAGUGACUUUAAUUCACGACUUUAAAUAUAAAGAUACGUGCUUAGAGAAAUAAGAAGUGUCUAAUUUCUAUCUUCCAUAAAUAGGAGUACUAACCUUAGGAGGGCAUAUUAGGAGGAAAUGUAAAGACUCUAUAUGCCCAAAAUGUGAUUGUUAAUGUCUCUGUUUCUCUUGCCGUUGCUGUGGAGAAAGCGAUGGGAGCGGCAGUGGCGGUGGUGGUGGUGGUAGCUGCAGUGACUGUACUUGUGCUAAGUGUUGUAAAUUUCUUCCUUGCACUUGUGGUCUUGAUAAGUGUUGUUAGUGUUGCAAUUGUAUAAGUCCUUAUGAAGCAAAUCAUUAUUAUAUGAUGCCUUUAUAUAUACUAAAAAAUGAUAAAAUCAGAUUUGAACAUUUUAAUUAUUACGCAAAACUAUACAUUUAUGAUACUUUAGUACUUGAAUUUAUGUUGUCAGGCAGGAAUUACGCUGAUCUCGCUUUUGCUAGCUGCAAAUCAAAUUUCCCUCAUGUAUGCUUCACAAAUCCGUUGAAUUAAAAAAAUGAAAAAAUCUAUUUUGAACCUUUAGGCAAUAAAUGCCCAACAAACCCAAGACCUUGCUUCUAUUGUUGUACAUUAUGUUCCUUGGCAGGCAUUUGUGAACUAGAACGUAAGAUAGUCGCUACUGUUGGAGAAAACGCAGAAGCAAGGAUUACUGCUCGUCGAGAAAAAAAAUAUGCCUGGAUUUCUCAAUGUGGUUGCUAAGAUAGAUGUUAUCAUUUCAUUGAUUACCCAGAAUUUGAGAUGAAAUUCAAAAAUUUAACAAAAAUACAAAAGUUAGGUUUAAUUUUUUCAACAAUCAGCUAUACUAUAUUUGGUAGAUGGGAAUAGUUUUCAUUUAGAGGAGUAUUCAAUUUUAAUAAGACAUAUCUUGAUUAUUGA